CUGAGACAACACCUAGUCACGUUUUGGAGCUGAAAGUCGACUUCUAUUUGUGCUGAUUCACCUUUAGUACAGCUCAUAAUUUGGUGUAAAGGGUAGAUGGUAGUGCAAUGACUCCCGAAAACUAUGCGUGCCUCUUUAUCGAUGCAACAUGGAAAGACAUCAUAGCUGCUUUCCGUUGUUCAGCUGUCAAUAACAGCUCUCAAGAGAGAAAGCUUAUUCAAGGCAAACUUGAAAAACUGUUUGGUGGCUCAGAACAAUGGCUUGCAUGCCUUUCAAUUCGAACUGCUUUAGAUGCAUUCUUAACUGUUAUGAAUUUUCCUCAUGGAUCAGAAGUAAUUUUCACUGCCAUAAAUAUUCCAGAUAUGGUAUCAGUAGUUGAAAGGCAUGGCCUUAAGGUUGUACCAGUGGAUUUAGAUCUUGAUUCACUAGCCCCCAAACCUGAACUUGUUGAACUUGCUGUAACAGAUAAAACAGUGGCAAUUUUGGCAGCUCACUUGUAUGGGAAGUGGAUCAAUUUAGACAAAGUCUUCCAAGUGGCACAUUCACAUGGACUAUAUGUAUUGGAAGAUUGUGCUGAAUCAUUUCAAGGCCUGGAAAGAAAAGGUCACAAACUGUCUGAUCUGACAUUUUUCAGUUUUGGUUCAAUCAAACAUUACACCUCUUUUGGUGGGGCCAUGGUCAGGGUGAAAAACUCACAGAUUCUUUCAAAAAUGAGAGCAAAGAUACACGAAUACCCAGUCCAAAACCAGUGGACCUACUUUAAGAAACUUUCUUGUUACUCUCUGUUAAUGGCAGCUGGAUUAAACAAUUCACUGUCCAAUUGGUUCUUGGUCAAUUUGUUUCAUCUAAUGGGUUUCAAGUAUAAGGAAUAUUUCAUUUCCCUGCUGCGAGCAUUUCCUGGUGGUAUAAGUGUGGACAAACUUCGUCUUCAACCAUCUGCUAUGCUUUUGGAAUUCAUGUUAUACCGGCUGAGUAGAGUGAAAAGUAAAGACUUCCGUAUGAUCAAGUUAAAAGGAGAUUUUGUGAGCAGUAAUCUGCCAAGUAAUGUGUUUGUACCUGGUCAAAGAGCAGACAUAAAAAGUUAUUGGUUGUUUCCCCUGAUAGUGGAUGACCCAGAUGAAGUUGUUACUGCACUUGAGAAGGAAGGUGUUGAGGCAUACAGAGGCGCAACGCAACUUUCCACUGUUUACAGAACAAAGCCUACUGCAGCAGACCAAAAAGACAAGGCUAAGAUCAGGCAGGAAAAUCAAACGGAAAAGCUCCUCUAUUCUUUCUCAACAUCUCAACCAGAAGUAGCUGCUGGUUCUGGUUCAUCUAAAGGAAAUGCUGCCAGCAGAUACACUACAGAAUUCAUUUGCUCUGCACCAGUCAACACUGCAACCACAAAACACACCUUUAGCAAAGAAAAAGAUGAUGUGCUCUUUCCUCACAAUGCCAAAUACCUGAUUGAUCAUGUGGUGUACCUGCCAGUGCACAAGAGAGUUUCAUUUUGGCAUCUUGAGCAUAUAUGUAAUUCUGUGGAGAAAGUUAUGAAAAACCGAGUAGGGGUCAAAAUUGCCAAUACCAGCAAUGUGUUAUUUAAGUCCAAGUUGUAGAUUUCAGAAAAUUUUAUUUUAUUAUUUGAAGAUGUACUAUAUUUCCUUGAAUAAGGGCCCAUGCUCUACUAUUAGCCCUGUGCCCUGAAUAAGUGCCCCCCCCCCCUCCUGCUCCCUUGAAAGAGUUGGUAUUUGUUUCAUAAUAGUUAUUAUGUUUUUAUGCAGAGGAGUAAACUUAAAUAUGAAUCAAAGAUUGAGCUUUUUAUCCAUCAUGAGAUAGAUAAGUAGUAUCAACAAAAUCACUAUUAAUGAAUUAUCUGCUAUUUUCCAAGGUUUCUUAAAAAUUAUAUUCUUGGUAAAAAGUAAGAAUUACAAAGGGAAUAAGCAAGGAUUAUUAUAAAAUGUUGAGUAAUAUAUGCACCAGAGAGGAGAGACAAAAAUGUCCUUUUUCUUAUUAUUUAAGUACCUCCUCAAAGCACAAUGAAUUAGUAAGUUUUAGUAAUGUUUUCUUCAUUGUUUUCCUUUUUUACAUUCAGGUUCACAAUCCAGUGUUUCCUUUCUUUUAAAUAUUUAUUAGCAAAAUGAAUCUAAUAAACAGAAAUCUCAAAAUGAUUAAAAAUAA